AUGCUUUCCCCAAGAUCCACAGCCACCACCCUCGCAGUGGCCAUCCUCUCGCUCCCCGCCGCCAGAGCCCAGUCCCUAUCCAUAUCGCCCAACGCAAAGGCCCCCAAGGAUGCCUCCGACUACCUCAACCCUUCGUUUGCCGGCUUUGGCAUCGAGCCCUCCAACCUGUUUUCCUUCACUGGCGCCGACCAGACUAACCAGUUUUCCGUCAAACUCCUCCAGAACCUCGCAGACUAUUCCGGCGCCCCUCCUCACAUCCGCCUCGGAGGAAACACGCAGGAUUACAUGCUUUUCGAGGCAGACAACCAAGGCUUCGCAUGGAUCGCCAACAAGAAGUCAACUGCACAGGGCACCAAGGCUGCCGACUCGAUGAUUAUUGGUCCCAACUAUUUCACUGCCCUGGACCGCUUCCCCAAGGAUACCCCCGUCACCUUCGGCCUCAACAUGGCUUACAUGGAAAGCGACUGGGAGACCCGCAUCGCCGCCAUGGCACAGGCCGCUGUUGACGGGAUGAAAAAUGUCAAGUUGUACUCGUUCGAGGUUGGCAACGAGCCCGACCUGUGGCUGCAAAACCUGUUCCGCUCUGGCGCAUGGACCGGAGACACAUACACGACCCAAUGGCUCGACCGCUGUGAAGUUGUCUACGAGCAAGUGCUCAAGAAUGCUAGCCUCCCUUCGUCCUUUUUCGAAGCUCCUGCAACUGCCUCUACCAUCGGCACCACCUUUGAGAUUGCCCAGCUGGUCGACGAUGGCAUCAUGGAAGGCAGGAACGGCAACAACUUCCUCGCUACCUGGAACCAGCACGACUACUACUAUUUUAUUGGCGUUACACCCACUCCUCUUACUCUGGAUGAAUUAAUGGAUCUCGACACCACUAACGUCCAGUUCAAGUACUGGGAGAAGCAAGUUGGCAUCGCCUUGAAAACCGGCCUCCCCUAUGUCCUACGUGAGAUGAGCUCCGUAGGCCCUAUUGGUAUGCCCUUUGUCAGCGAUGUUUUUGGCGCUGCCCUCUGGACCAUGAACUUUUUCCUCUACGCCGCUUCCAUCGGCAUCUCUUCUGUACAAAUGCACAUGACCGACAACUCAAACGCCAGUGCUUGGCAACCUAUUCCCAUGUAUGGCCACGACACUAGCUUCGUCCGUCCUCAAUACUACGCUCACGCUGCCAUUGCCCAAAUCAUUGGUAACGGCAACGGAACUACCCAGAUCAAUGCCGAAAGCACAAGCGAUGUUGGUGCUGGCUACGACGGUCGCAUCCGCGUUUAUAGCGCCUACGCAAAUGACAAGCUGCAGUCUGUCACCAUGAUCAAUGCCAAGCAAGUCAAUGCUUCUACUUCAACCAAGGGCAGCUUUACAUUCAACCUCAACCUUGGCUCUGACAAUGCAAACAAGGACGUCUUUAUCUCGUAUCUGACCGCCCCUGGCGCCGAUUCUCAAACUAACGUUACUUGGAAUGGCAUGCAGUACGAUGACAUUACCGGCGAAUCUUCUGUUGUUGACAGUACCGUUGUCGUCACCACCGCCGAUGGCUCCGGCAAGAUUACUGUCCCUGUCCGGGAUAGUGAGGCUGUCGUUGCCAACAUUGGCAAUCAGCUGGGUGUCAAUGCUGUAAUCAAGCCAGACGGCACACAGUCCAAGAAGAGUAGUGCUGCUUCGAGGUCUGUCAGCAGCGCUGGUUUCGCUGCUACUACCGGCAUGCUGGUUGUGUUGGUCGGUUUGGCGCUGGCAUAAUGAGUGGUGUGGGCUAAUUGCUCCAAUCGUGUACGACUUUUCCCUUGACUAUCCGUCUCUCCUUUUUUUCCUCUCCAUCUCUCUCUAUCCAUUUCCUUAUCUCUCUCUCUCUCUCUCUCUCUCUCUCUCUCUCUCUCUCAUCACAAGACUUGCAUCAUGGACCUUGCAUAUGCAUUAUGACUGGCGUUUUCUUUGGGUUUUGGUUUCGGGGUUUCCGGGGAUAUUUCUAUUGGCGCUAUUGUUGUUCAGACAAAAAGACAACUUGGAUUAAUGGGUUAUCAAUCGGAAAGGGCGUGUAGUAAUAAGGCGCGUAGAGUUGUGUACGUACAUAGAUAUAGAGUACGUUGACAUGUUGCGUGUGAGACGUGUCAGGUGUACGCACUCAUAUGGCAGAUGUGUAACAGUGUCAACCGAAUGUGCACUUGUACAUGUCAUUUUUUUGUCUCUUGGAGAUGAUUACAAUAUAUCCAUUUAAAGUUGA